UUCGAUUACCCCAUACAUAUUACAAGAUUUAUACAAUACCUAAGCUGGGUUCAGAAGGUCGCUAGAUAGAAUGAAUUUGCAUACACUAGCAAUGACCUUAUUUCCAUACAUUUUCGCAUUACUUUUGAUUCUUUCUAUAUCAGUUUUUUUGGUAUGGAUGAAACAGAGCGGGCACACAAACAUGAAGGUUCCACCAGGAUCGUGUGGAUGGCCGGUGGUCGGAGAAAGCUUUAGGUAUGUGUCUUUAGGUACUCAACAUUUUAUCAGUGAAAAAAGAAAAAAGUACUCCACAGAUGUCUUCAAAACAAGUAUUUUCGGGCAAAAAAUGGCUGUGUUUUGUGGAGCACAGGGGAAUAAGUUUGUCUUUACGAAACUAAUCACAUCUUGGUGGCCAGUGACUGUGAAAAAGAUCUUGUUUAGCCCUGAGUUUUCCCACACUCCUCUGGACGAAACAUCAGCCGCGAUGCAUCGUUUUGUGCAUGAGAUUCUGAAGCCAGAGGCUCUGAAAAAUUACGUCCCUGUGAUGGAUGCCAUGGCACGAGAGCACGUGGAGUCGGAUUGGGAUGGUAAUGAAGUCGUAAAGGUACAUCCGUUGUCAAAGAAGUACACAUUUGAAUUGGCGUACAGAUUAUUUGUCAAAGAAAUUGAUGUUGAGCAAGUCACUAGGAUAUUCAAGCACUUUGCACUUGUUACUUCUGGAAUGUUCUCUGUUCCAAUUAAUCUGCCCGGUACUGCCUACAGUAGAGGUGUUAAGGGUGGGAAGUUAAUCCGUGAGGAGCUUGUGAAGAUUAUCAAAAAGUGGAGACAGGAAAUGAUGGAGAAAAAUGAAACGUCGCCAUCUUAUACUGAUUCUUUGUCUCGAAUGCUGCUGGUGACAGAUGAAAAUGGCAAAUUUAUGAGCGAAAAGGAGAUGUCCAACUACAUCAUUGCAUUACUCAUUGGUAGCUAUGAGAGCACCAGCACUGCUGUUUCCUUCGUGCUCAAAUAUCUUGCGGAGCUUCCACAUAUAUAUGACGAGGUCUACAAAGAACUAAUGGAAAUAGCAAAAUCGAAAAGAGAAGGGGAAUUGCUAACGUGGGAAGAUAUUCAGAAGAUGAGAUACUCGUGGAAUGUUGUUUGUGAAUCUCUUAGGCUCAUGCCACCUGUUCAGGGAGGCUUUAGAGAGGUUGUUUCAGAUGUUUCAUUUUCCGGAUUCACCAUUCCAAAGGGAUACAAGGCAUCUUGGACUGCGUAUACAACACACAAGGAUCCAGAAUACUUUCCAGAUCCAGAAAAAUUUGAUCCAUCAAGAUACGAGGGGAAUGGACCUGCCAUAUACACUUAUGUACCUUUUGGUGGAGGAGCUAGAAUGUGUUGCGGAAAAGAGUAUGCUCGACUUGAAGUUCUGGUGUUUAUAUAUAACAUUGUCACCAGAUUCAGAUUGGAGAUAAUCAACCCCCAAGAUAAGAUAGUGUUUCACUCUUUUCCGAUACCUAUGGAAGGUCUGCCACUUCGCAUCAUUCGUCAUAAUAUAUAGCUAGCUAAUGUGGAGUAUGGACCUCCAAUUAUGUGUAUGAUCACAUAUAUAUCACUUCUGUUCUUCAUUAGUUAUGAUAAUGACAUUAACAAUGCUAAUAAGCUGA